CUAACUGUCAUUCUCCAGAGCUGCCUACGAGCCCUGUCACUCCCUCAUCCUUCCUGUUGCUUUUUAGCCAUCAACCUGCAAUAAUUGAGGAUGCAAAUCAUCUCAAAGUGUGAUUGCUCUGUUACAUUUGAAAUUAAAGUGAGUUAAAAGUGAUCAGGGUGUGAUUUGAAUGCACAAAAUGGCAAACACACCCCGCCCAGCCCCUAAUUUUAUGCAUCCUAAUGUUUAGCACCAGUUACUCACAUCUACCACAGGAAAAAAAAAAGAGAAGAAAUGAACAGACAGCUGGUGCCUCAUCAGCAAAUGUCAGUGCUUUGUUUUAGUGAGUGGGACAAGACAACGCUGGGGUCACUCUGCAGUGUGAUGCAGAGCAGAAGCACCCCGCCGACUCCAAACCUGAGUCAUAGCCUUUCGUCUCGCAGGCCUAAAGAUGACUAAAAAAAAUGCAAAAAUCACAGCUGUAGUUACACAUCAGCAGACAGGUGCGGCCUGACGUGAGCAUAUACUGCCAAAAGAGUCCUUUUUUUUAUAGAAAUCCUGCAAUCCAGCCCCUGAGCCAGGCAGCAGGCUAUUACAUAACACCAUCCCUUACCAUCAUUUGCCAACAGAGGAUGACCUUGAGAGGCAGGGAGAGACCAGAGAGGCAACAUCAGAGCAGUUUCAGGUUCUGCAAACAGAAGACAAUGGAUAAAACCCCACAAGACGACAUCAGACCACAAGAUGAGACGGAGCUCACCUCACCGCUCUCCCCUAAACGACCAAGAACAGAAUGUACAGUGACAAAUGACCGCAGUCAGAGAAGCAGGUUUGACUUUCCAGAGCCUUUGACGUUCAGGAAAACUCCUAACUCCCCGUCACCAACGAGCAGCCUGCAGAAGAACCAGGGCCUGAUUUGCACAGUGGAUUUUCAAGAUGAGAAACAUGAUGAGCUACCACAAGACACUAAAUUAAAUGUCACUCCUAUUACUAAGGCGACUGCUUCACACAGUAACAGUGCACCCACAGGAUCUGAAGUGUGUUUUAUCACUGCAGAGAGACACCCACUGCUUCUGGGGAAAGACGAGCAGCCUCCAGUUACCAAAACAGACAAGCUCAGCUCAUACCCAGGAGAUGAUACAGAUGGGUCUCCUGCUCCACCCGUUCUUCCUGAUUGCACGUGGCUGGGGAAAUCACUGGAGGACAAGACCCCUGGUGGUUUGAGCCGCUCAACUGGAAGUAAUGAAGAUGGGAGACAGAUGCAAAACCACGUCAGUCAAACACAGGCAGCUGCAUUUACUUCAGAAAGUGAGGAGGUCACAUGUCAGUCUGAUUGCACUUGUAACGGUGCAGGUUUCUGUAGUACACGGAGCCAAUUUGCUGAAGUUGUAGAGUCUAAUCAGAGGAAGCUUGAAUUUAGUGAGGGUAUCCUUGUUAGUAAGGAAGAGGAUGACAGUCUCACAGCCUCCUCUAAUUAUGAAGACUCCAAACUGUUCCACUCAAACCCUGAAGAUGACCACUCUGGGAACUUGUCAGAAGGUGGAGGAAAUGAAGAAAAUAAAUUAGAAUUACAGAUCUGUGAGAAUGAAACUGUCUCAGUCUCUGAUGGGGAAACAAAAGGCCAAGUUAAUGAGGACGGCAUGAGCGAAACCGCCGCUCUUUCAGCCGCUGAAUGUGCUGAGGGAUCACUUCAUUCUUAUGAUGUGGUAUUAGACAGAAAUAUUGCAACUGAGAAUGUGGGUCUUGAAGCUGAUGACUUCUGUGGGCCAAAAGAAGAGCGUGCCGCUUGCAAGAUAAUAGCCGAAGCUCGGAGUGAAACGGCUGAUCACACAACAGAGACUCCGAUGCCGGUUAGAAUCAGCCGAGAGCCUGCUGAAGGAGAUAAUGAUGCAGGCCCUUUGAGUGUAAUUGACCCUGCAAUCUGGAGCGAAACUGACGGGGAGGCUGAAGAGAAACGCCGGAACUCAGAGAGCACUGCAGGUGUAGAAUUAUCUCCGUCGGUGGAAGGCUGUGAGAUGGAAACGCCUCUCCCGCUCUGUUCUGACGUCAGGCCGCCACAGAGGGUCUCAUCUCCCGACCAGACCGAACAUUUUAAUCACCAAAGCGGAAUACGACAGUGCAAAGAUGAAAACGAGGACUUGUGUCAGUCCUGCAGAGAACCACCGGCUCGAUCUGUCACCGCCGACGAAACGCACGACAACACCGGCAGUGAAGCCGGCUGUCAGUGGAAAUCCCGUCCCAGCAGUGGUCCCGCAAAGCCUCUUCCUGCUGGGGUUGAAGGAAUACAAGAAAGCCAUGAUACUGAGGGACAGCAGCUGAAAGAGCAGAGUAAAUCCGGCUGCUCUCCUGUCAGCCUUGAUCACCUGAAGACACAGGAGGUCAAAUAUGCACAGAGUGAAACUGAAAGGUGGGACGAGACGGCCGAGAGAGAAGAAAUUCUACGUUUCGUUACAGAAAUGGAAAGCGAUGAACAUGGGGAAUUAGAGGAAAAACCUCAAAGCGAACACAAGCAUGAGACACCUGAAAUGUCCACCGAUGACAAGCAUGAACAUGAAGAUGAACCAGGAAACACGCCAGACCAGUGUGUGUCUGACGUUUCCAUGAUGGAUGUGACAGCUGAGGAAAAGGACGGCAAAGACGUGACAAAUGUCGGAGAACAAACGGAAACUGACGGGCGAGAAAACUCAUCUGAGGAAGACACGCAGCAACAACUAAAAGCAGAUGUGAGUGAAGCGUCUCCUGGUGAAGGAUUUGAGCUCAGUCACUUCUCUGAUUGUGAACCCACAGCUGAAAACAAAGAUCAUCUUCCAGCUUCUGUUUUACCUUCAACCAGUGAUGCGGUUGUGCUGUGUCAACAGUCACAAAACACUCACUACGACCCCACAACACUCAGCUGUAGUGACAGAUUCCCCCUGUUGCCAUCUGCCUUCCCUCUCUACAACUGUGUGCUGAGGGGUUUUGACACUUUCGAAAAGAUCCAACUCUCACCAGAUGACGAUGACGAUUAUGCCGCCGGCCUGGGCAGCAUCCCUGACCUCAUCAGCUCACCCAGCCAGCUGCUGCAUUCACCACAGCCACAGAUUCACCCCUCCAUACCAGCAGAGGAGAGUGACGAGCAUGAGGAAGCACCAGGGGGGGAGGAAAGAUUGGAGUGUCACACGGCAAACGGAUUCAUAAGCAGUGAUCCCGCUUGUAAUGAACUCUCAAACUUUAUCACGGCAGCAGAUGUCAUUGCUCUCGGACUGCCCAGCUGUGACUCAGCCUCUGAUUCCUACGAGAGCAUUCAGGAUGAAAUAAACCCUCAGUCAGCGUCUCCGGCUGUUUCCACCAAGAGUGACGGUCCUGCCUCCGAUGUGAGCGAGUUUGAAAUGAAGGAAGAGUUCGAUUUGGUGUUGAAAGAGCUGAACUUGUUCUUUGACAUCAGUAGAAAUGAUUUUGGGAGCGACAGCAGACCGUCGUCACCUGAGCAGUGUGGUGAAAUGACUGAACUUGUGGAAGUCAAUGCAUCAAAAUGUGAAGAACAUCUCAGCAGCCCUGAACCGGGACGUCACAGAGACACAUCAUCAGAUGACGCUGAUGAAGACGGCGGCCUGGAAGUCUGUGGCGGCGAUCCAGUGGUUUCUGUUGUCAGCGACGGCGAACAAGAAGUGCCCCGAAGCAGAGACAUGUGCCAGGAAACACCUGUGGACAGAGAGCCCCUGGAGAUGCAGUGGAAAAUGAAAAUGUGGUCUCCAUCCUUCAUGUGUUCUCCUCUCCUGGAACAGCUGAGCCACGGACCACCAGCGCUGGCCAGGAGACUGGAGCCCCUGAAAACGUGCACACGACCUAUCCGGGUCGGACUUUCAAAGAGAGCCAAGACCAAACACCUGCACCCCUAUAAAUGAAUCAAGGUGAACAGACUCCUUGAAAGUUUCUUUAAGUCCAACGUUCAAGCUUUCUGACUCGUAUUGUUCAGGGUUUUCUUGUGCUCUGUGUUGGUUUUUGUGAAUGUUUCUGGUUUCUAUACAUUCAGCUUAAGUCACAGAAACCACAAAAUGUCCUUUUUCACCUUCACACCUUCACAUUUUACACUCUAACUCAGCGGAGUAUCUCGGUUGCAGCAGUUAGGGAAUAAGUGGCACCUUGACAGUCCUCGGUGUCCACUUUUGUUCAGGUUUCAAACAUCUUUCUUCAAUAUUUAUUCAUUUAUUUAUUCAUACGCAGUUAUUUAUUUGCUUAUAUGUAUUCAUGACUGUGGUUUUAAAUGUCUACACACUAUUUAUAUUUACAUGGUGUAAAACACAUUGAUCUAAUUGUUCACAUUUGUUCUGCUCACAUGUUUUCCUGUAGGUGUAUUGUUCCUGCUAAGUGUGGGCUUGUUCAGUUCAUGUGUUCACCAUUAAACGGGUUCAUAUGUACGCAGCAUGUCCUUGAGGUGAGCUGCAGAUGAAUUUUAAUACGGCCUGUUUGCCCACGAAUUAAAUAAUAUGAUUCUAUGGAA